UUAUUGAGUUAUCUUAAAAAAUUUCCUGAAAGUCAAUGGCGAGCCUGCUGGUAGUAAGAAAUUUGAAACAUGUCUUGUGCAGAGAAUGCAAUGCGAACUGCUCUUCUAAAGUUUUGAAACAGUUGUUUAAUAAUAAUUUUAUGUUAAGAAGCGCUUGUUCCCAAUCUAAAUAUUUUUCGGUUUGUUCAAUAAAAGUUCUAAAUUUCAAUCCAAAAUACAAACAAGCACAUCAUGCAACAACAACUGCAUAUUAUACAACAUCAGCACAUGAGAGUAACAGGGAUUUUUAUGUCCCAGAUAAGUCCACAAUAGAUGGCUACAUUAAGCUAAAGAAUGAACAAGGUCUAUGUUUGAUAGCCGUUCCCUUAUACUCUAGAGAAGAAGUGUGUCGAAUCGUCUUGAAGCCACUGAUGAACACACUAAAUGAUUUAAUGAACAACAUCCGAAUUGAAGAUGCCGGGGUCCAGAAGAUUAGGGCUUUUACAUUAGAGGGCGACCUCAUCUCAAACAACACCUCCAUUGCUGACCUUUUGAAAAAUGAUUUCAUCUUACAAAUGAAUGAAUUAAAUUACAUGGUACAACUAAAUGGCCUAGAUUUCUCAUCUCCAUACAUCGAAGGAGAUUCAGUGAAGAACUUGGUGGCCCAACUCUACAUGGCUAUUAACAGUGAUGAAGUCUUCAUUAAGAGACAGGAAAAGUUGAUGGAACGUCUCGAGGGGCUACAGCUGGAACUGUUGCCCAUGGAAAAGGUUGUCAGUGAUAUGAAGGACCUGGCGGCACGCAAGACUCGGAUAAUGUCCUGGGUUGGAUUGAGCAUGAUGGGACUGCAGUUUGGUAUCCUGGCUCGCCUUACCUGGUGGGAGUACUCCUGGGAUAUCAUGGAGCCUGUCACCUACUUUGUCACAUAUGGAACCAUAAUGGCCAUGUUCUCCUAUUAUAUCAUAACAAAUCAGGAGUACAUAUACCCAGACGUGCAUGACAGGCAGGUUGUGAGGCUUCUACAUAAGAUCUCGAAGAAGGGUGAAUUUGAUUUAGUGCGCUACAACUACUUAUGUGAUGAGGUCUCCAAAAUAAAGUACGACCUUCGAAGACUGCGAGAUCCCAUCAAACUGCAGCUACACCCCCCGCACAUUGGUGCAAACGUCACAUCCCUACCUUCAUUGUGA